AUGCGCACAACUCUACUAUUAACCUUGCUACUGAUACUCUCCUGCAUCUGUACAUGUGCAGCAGCAGAGAGGAUGCCACUGCCGGUGCCACGUGUGGGUGGAUACGCUACAGAGGCGAGGGGAACGGGACCACGAGGUGAAGGCAAAGCACCAUACAUCAAAGAAGCUUUUAAGCCUGCUACACAUCCACACUUUUUGGGUAAAGGUGAGUUCACUACUACCACACCAUCCCUCAGUAUGAGUGAGUCCAUGAGUGCCUCUGCCACUCUUCCUCUCACUGACACCACUACUGUUGCCCCAACACCAGAUCAACAACAGGAAGCAGCAACAGGAGAGGGACAGGCCGCCCCUACUGGGGAGUCGAGU